CCGGCUCAGCCGCCGCGCGCCCGGCUGCACCGCCUUCCAAACCCGGGCGCCUGCGGAGAUGUUUAACCGCGCGGUGAGCCGCCUGAGCAGGAAGCGACCGCCGCCAGACGUCCACGACGGUGACGGGAGUUCCAGCAGCGGCCACCAGCACCCCAAGAGCACGGCCAAAUGGGCAGCCUCUCUAGAGAACCUGCUCGAAGACCCCGAAGGCGUGAAAAGAUUUCGGGAAUUUUUAAAAAAGGAAUUCAGUGAAGAAAAUGUUUUAUUUUGGCUAGCAUGUGAAGAUUUUAAGAAAACGCAAGAUAAGAAGCAGAUGCAGGAAAAGGCGAAGGAGAUUUACAUGACCUUUCUGUCCAGCAAGGCCUCGUCCCAGGUCAAUGUCGAGGGGCAGUCCCGGCUCAAUGAGAAGAUCCUGGAAGAGCCACACCCCUUGAUGUUCCAGAAACUCCAGGAUCAGAUCUUCAACCUCAUGAAGUAUGACAGUUACAGCCGCUUCUUGAAGUCCGACUUGUUUUUAAAGCACAAGCGCGCAGAGGAAGAGGAAGAAGAUCCUGCCGAUGCCCAAAGUGCAGCUAAAAGAGCUUCCAGAACUUAUAACACAUGAGCCCCCAAAGAGCUGUUCAGGACUGGCAACUUUCAGACACGAAGGAACUCACUCUCAGGAUCGUGCAGGUUUUAUAAUUGCUUUGUUAUCUGCAAGGACCGAAAUGUACAAAACCCGCCAAUGGGGUAUGUGUAUUUUAUUAACUGCUUGACCAGUCCGUUUUGCAUGAUGGCUUAUCUUACAUAAAAAAAACCAAAUAGCUUUGAAGUUUAAAUUCACAAACACACACACACUUGCAAAGUGGAACGAGUCCUUAAACACUGGACACUGAGCAUUUUAUAGCUUGAUUAAACUUCAUGUGAGGCCAC